GUCCAAGGGGGCAGCUUACAGCCCCUCGCUUCCCUUGGGCUCCACAAUGGAUGGAUGCUGCAACCUUGGAGGCCAACCCUGUGCUGGCACCUUGGUCCUGUGCUUAUCCCCAGAGCCCAGGAGGGCACAGAGGUGGCUCUGCUGUCCCUGCUGGCUGCAGUCUUGACCCAGACAAUGUGCCACCACUUCCCAGCCUGACUGGUACAGCCCCCACCUGGGAGGAGGCCCUGGUCUGUCCUGGUGCCAGAGGGGCUGGCCCUCGGGCAGGGGCGCCUGGGAAUCCGCUGAGCCCGCAGCGCCAGGCAGGCCCUAAAUCCCUGUUUGUUCCACCCCUGGCUUUUGUCAAAGGCUGGGAAGAGCCGGGGGGGGACGCAGCCCCCAGCUAGGCGCCGGCAGCCCUGGGAGCCGGGCUAAGGCCAGGCAAGGGCCCCUCUGCCUGCCGGUGGCAGGCACCAGCCCGGGCCGCGAUGCCUGGGUUCCAGAUUCAGCUCGGGGCAGCGAGGGCACUGGCCAGCCGGGUGCCUGGCUUCCCUCCCCAGUAUGCGGUGUGGUCCUUGAGCCACGGCGCCAGGAUGGAUGCGGGUGGGCAGCUAGCGCGGGGCUGCGGCACCCCCUGGACCUACCGCAGUGUCUCAGAGGAGUAUGCGUACCUGGAGAAGCGAUUCUUCGCGGAGCUGCCCCCACCCCGGCCCCCGCCCGCCUCCGGCCCCCGCCCGCUGCGGGACUCCACCAACCGGCCCGCGCCCGCCCGCGCCCCCCGCGCCCCGGCCCCGGCCCCAGCCCCGCGCCGCCCCGCCCCGGGGGCUGACGGGCCGCCCAGCUACGAGGCGCACCUGCAGCGACGGCUGCGGGCCGGGCCGGGGCCCCGCAAGGAGAACCAGCCGCGGCCCCCGCCCUACGUGGCGCCCCCGGCCUACGAGGGGCCGCACCGCACGCUGCCCUCCCGCCGGCCCCGCAGCCACACGCUGCCCCGCGCGUGGGGCCCGGCCCCGGCCCCGGCUCCGGCUCCCAGCCACACGCUGCCCCGGCGGAGCCCGGCCGCCCCGCAGCCGCCCCGCGCCCCGCGCCCGCCCCGCGCCCCGCACCCGCCCGCGCCCGGCGGCGUCUUCGUGAUCGACGCCACGCGCGUGGUGAUCCGCGCGCGCUACGUGCCCUCCCCGCGCCGACACCGCGUGCGCUGCGUGGGCCCCCCCGCGCCCGCUGCCGCGCCCCGCACCCCCCCCGCGCCCGGCCCCGCGGGCGAGCGGGCGGCGCGCAUCCUGGGGCUGCCGCUGGCCGAGCUGGACCUGGCCGGGCCCGGCCCCACGCGCGACCCGCGGCCCCGCAGCCCCGCCCGGCGCUCGGCGCUGCACAGCCAGGCGCUGCGGGACGCGGUGCGGCGCAUCCGGCGGCACACGGCGCCCGACUCCGACACGGACACGGACACGGACCCGGGUGGCGCAGGCGCGGCGCGGCCCCACGGGGCCCUGAGUUACAGCAGCAGCAGCCUGGACAGCGCCGGCUCCGGGAGCGGCCCCACGCGCGGGGCGCGGCCCGGGGGGGCGCCCACGCGAGGCGGGCAGGGCUGA